AUGGCCGUCACGGAUGCUUCAGUUUCAGUCAUUGUCAGAGCAGCCAAUCAGAUGAUUUUGAGGGUUUGGCAGCUCAGGAGGAUAGAGAGCAUGGGGGAAGAGGAGGCAUGUUUCUCUGAGGGAUGCGAUGAUUGGACGGGCUCCCCCUCCGGACUCACCAUGCCAGUCUCCGGCGAUGAGCCCAUCUGCCCCAAGUUCCAGCCCAACAUCUUCGACCCCUCCCGCUGCCACGACUGCCUGCGCCAGAGGCACCUGCACGCUGGCGCAGGGGAGAGCUCGGCCGAGGGAGCGCCACAGCAGAAAUCCACUGGGGAGACAACAAUUGGGACUAAAACUGGGACUGAAGCUGGUAUCGGAUCAGGAAAGGGAGUGCUGUUAACACCGAUCCCAUCCCAGGCGGAGGAACGAGACACCAGCAGCAAGGAGGAUUCUGACGCUCUGUCAGUGGUGAGCAGCUACUGUGAUGUCAAUGGAGGCCGUCUGGGUUAUGGGGAGAGCUCUUUGUGCAUCCUGAGCCCCGACUGUGAGCUUUAUAUCUGUGACGGAGACGACGACGACAGCACUGACAGCUGUCGUGACCAGAGCGACUACCAAGAGUUCAGCGGCUCCGUCAGUGCAGAGGACGAAUACCUGCCGAUCCGUCGCCACUCGACCAAACUCGGCAUGACCCGACUCGACCCUCCGCCCCACCGGCCCAACCCUCGGGCCUGGAUGGAUGAAGCUCGAAGCAGAGACAGUUUCGGUAGACAAUCAGGGUUAAAAGAAGACAGGCAGAAGCGGGAAAGUGGGUACUUCUCCCUGGGGAGGGCAGCGGGUGCCCGUUCACUGCGUGACACCAGCCCGCCUACUCCUUUCCGCCAUUUUGAGAGAGGACAUCCCAUCUUUAACAGCAGAAAUGUAGAGCCCAAAGACACCAUUCCCUUCAGAAACCCUAAUCUUGGUGUGGCCUCUGAAAGGCCAUUGCCGGAGGCUCUAAUUGAGGACUUGGAUGCUGAAAUCCCACCUCCUGACCCCUAUGAAGUUGCCGUUGAGGUUGAGGCACAAGUCGGCCCCCGCUCUCCGAGUCCUACUCCUUUUAAGAUAGCGGAGUCACUGGCCUCGAGUGGGCGAAAAGGUUUUGGCAGUUCAUCUGGCCGGAGAAACCCUUCUUACUCCUCUUCCUAUCAACAGUCAGGACGUUUUGAGUCCUCAAGGCAAGGCUCGGCUCUGCAAUCUCGCUCUUCUUCUCCCUCACGUGGAAACUUACCAUUCAGACGCAGCGAGUCCACUGCUUCCCUCAGCAGGCAUAACUGUGACGGUGGAGGGUGGUCUCAAGGGACAGAGCCAGGAUCCAGAAGCUCUUUACAAGGUACACAUGGGCGCCGUGUUGAGUCAGGAACUCUGCCAAGAAACUUUAAAUCAUUUGCAAGUUCAUUCAAAUCCCAGUCCAGCAGUGUUUCUGAUUUUAGGAGUGCUUUGAGGAAAACCGAAGUUAGUGGUUCUUUGAGUGGUCGGGGGCGUGACAGCAGAAACUCAUCUCCCUCAAGGAGGGACUACAAUCCUUCAGGCCAAGUGUCUCAUCGCAAAACUGAAACUACCAGCAGUUUGCCACGCAGACAUGGGAGCGACAGUCGUACGUCAUCUCCAUCUAGAAGAACUUCUGACAGUCAGAAAAACUCACCCCCAAGGAGAAAUUACAGCUCGUCUAGCCAAUCCCCCCUUCGUAAGUCUGAAUCAAUUAUGUCUCUCAGUGGACGUAGUCAUUAUGGACGCUGUGGCUCCCCCAUAAGAGAAGGUUAUGACAUUGAAAGCCAGACUCUAAUACGUAACCAAAUAGCUAAGAACGGACUGAAUGAUCAAGAAGAUGAAAGCCCCACAGUGUCUCCAUCCAGACGAGGUUACGACACAAGUCAGUCCGUGCUCCGAAAGACUGAAUCAAGUCCUGUCAGUGGCAGUCAAAAUCGCGACAGCCGAUGUUCGUCUCCUGGAAGGAGAGGCUAUGAAACCUCUACUCAGUAUCAACUUAGGAAAACAGACACCAGUAGUUCCUUACAUGGUCGUCGUGAAAGUCGCAACUGCUCCCCUUCCAGGAGAAGCUAUGAAGCUCCUUCUCAGUCUCUGCUGCGCAAGUCUGAAGUAAACAGUUCUGUCAGGAUUCGUGAUAGCCAUAGUUUGCUGCCCUCAAGGAGAAGCUAUGACGCACCUGAACAGCGCUCUCUGCGGAAAACAGAGACAAGCAGCUCCAUCAACAGCAAGAAUCACAAUAGCCGUAACCCCUCUCCUGUUAGAAACAGUGAUCCGCCAGGCUACUCAAUCCUCAGAAAUGCCACUAAUGGAGAGUCCAGCCAUUCCUUUCAGAGAAAAAACACUUACCAUGACUCCAAAUCUGACUCCAAUCGCUCACAGCGCUCAUGGCGGGAGUCAACUCAUUCCCUCCGUAGUUCCUCAUUAUCUCGUGCUGCUUCGCCCUCCAGACAAACCGCAAAUGGCAGCAGAACAGCUUUUGUCACUUUGGAUACACCCAGGAGCCCUGGCAGCGUCAGAUCUGGGGUUGGUAGACAUGGCCAUGAGGAUCGCUGCCCCUCCCCUAAUGAGAAGAGGCAAUCCCACCGCACACGGAGCCCUUCUCCUUCACCUCAGAUUUGGCUGAGGAGGGAAACCUCCUCUCAGAGCUCCAUGGAGUCGUCAGAGUCUGGCCAGAUGUCGGUGGGAACCACAGGACGUAACAGGGAGGAGUAUGCCAUGAUGGCUGAUGUUCCAAAGGUCAAAAUCAUCCAUCAGAGAGAAGUGCCAGGCCAUGUGGGGCCGCCUCAGAGUCAGCAGCCCUCUCGAAGACAGGAGCUCUUUAAACCAGCCAGAUUGCGUGCUGCGCUAACGUUCAUUGUGGCCACUGCACACCCUCUGGUCCCACCGGUUAGCUAA